AAAAACACUUCGAAUGCUGCUGUCGAGAUCAUUGGCCAUCGGUUGUUGCCCAUAUUACAAUAUUUUGACAUGCCACCGAAGAAGAAGCAGGAAACGACAGAGAAGCCGUUGUUGGGAAGGCCCAGCAAUAACCUCAAGAUGGGUAUUGUUGGCUUGCCCAACGUUGGCAAAUCGUCUUUCUUCAACGCCUUGACGAACAGCGCAGUAGCUGCUGAAAACUUUCCAUUCUGUACCAUCGACCCUUCUGAAGCACGCGUAGCCGUUCCUGACCCUCGAUUCGAUUGGUUGUGCGAGUUUUACAAGCCGGCCUCGAAGGUUCCUGCCUAUCUUACCGUAACUGAUAUUGCUGGUCUUGUAAAGGGUGCCGCAGAAGGGCAAGGGCUGGGAAACGCUUUCUUGAGUCACAUCAAGGCCGUGGAUGGCAUAUUCCAUCUUUUACGCGCUUUCGAUGAUGCCGAAGUCAUUCAUGUCGAAGGCGAGUUAGAUCCAGUGAGAGAUCUUGCCAUCAUCCAUGAAGAAUUGCGACUGAAAGACGAAGAAUACUUGACUAAGCAGGUGGAAUCUAGAAGCAGGGAAGUGAACCGAUUGGGCAAGGGUGGAGGCGCUGCGGAUAAGGCGAAGAAAGAAGAGUUCGAGAUCAUUCAAAAGGUUCAUAAAUUAGUUGUCGAUGACAAAAAGGAUGUGAGAGACGGCGAAUGGAAUGGAAAAGAAAUUGAAAUCAUCAACACAUUGCAACUCAUCACUGCUAAGCCUGUGGUGUACCUGUGUAACUUGAGCGAACGCGACUACGUCCGCAAGAAGAACAAGUGGUUGCCGAAGAUCAAGGCUUGGAUCGAUGAAAAUCAUCCUGGCGAUUUGUUGAUACCUUACUCUGGCGCCUUGGAAAUGAAGCUCACGUCCAUGACACCAGAGGAAAAAGAGGCAUAUCUUAAAGAAUUACAACAGAAGUACGAAAGCCCAGCCCCUGUUGUCUCUGUACUACCGAAAAUCAUAGUUGCUGGAUACAACGCUCUGCAAUUAGUUUACUUCUUCACUGGAGGGCCUGACGAAGUUCGGGCAUGGACGAUACGGAAGAAUACUAAAGCUCCGCAAGCUGCUGGUACCAUUCACACCGAUUUUGAAAAGGCUUUCAUUAUGGCUGAAGUGAUGAAGUACGAUGAUUUGAAGGAGCUGGGCUCCGAGGCCGCAGUAAAAGCAGGCGGAAAGUAUGUUCAAAAAGGAAAGGAUUACAUAGUUCAGGAUGGGGACAUACUCUACUUCAAAGCAGGCCAGGUGCAAGCUAAAAAGAAAUAAUUCCACGACACUUUCCUGUAGCGAGGGGUUUGGCUUUGUCUACACACGCUAUGUAUAUUAUCAAUGACAUUCUGGUUUCGUUCGUUUCCUAGUAUUGAUUGACUCGAAGUAGUGUUACUAGCAAAAGCAGACCGGUUUCUAUCAAUGCAGGCAGUGCACUGAAAAUUGUAUAUUGAGUAUCAUCUUUGCUGUUCGCGCCAACGACAGCCAACUGUACCUGCAAAAUGUGAAAAUGUACCAAUAUAUCAUGUAAUGCCAACCUUCAAG